UGCAAGAAACAUCCGGGUCUCUCAGGUUCCUUUCUGGCGACCCGUCGCCAUUAGAGCAAGCUCCUUGUUACGGAUAUAUUUUUUGGUUAAACUCGUUAAGUUGUCACGUUUUCCAGUCUUUGGGAAACAUUUCCCGCCUCGUUAAGGGCAUAUUGUUUUCCCUAACGAGAAAAGGUCCUAAAUUUUGGGGGUCUUGGCCCCGCGUGGCGAGAUUUCGUCCUCCCUUCCAGCAGCCUGCAUAACUUGAGACGCCGAAAUCGUGUCUCUUAUUUUUCUCGGGUUUGUUUUAUUGUCAAGAUGUCGCCGUGAUGGGGUCUCCGCGUUUGACAGAAAUGAAUCAGGGCCUUCGUCGCCUGACCCGCACUCAUUGCAGCCCGUUUUCCUCCUCCGUUUUUCUGUUUGAUGCUAGAGAGCUCGGCGGCUCUCUGCCCGGAGCUCGGCCUCAGCACCGCUCACCGCACGGUAACAAACAUGGAGAAAAACCCCAACAGCAGCACCAGCACCAAGGUUCCGCCUCGUUCCAGCUCCACAGGGCCCACACCGGGCGAAUCUAAACCCAAAACAGAAAACAAGAAUAAUGGGGGCUCCAAGCGCUACAGCCGCAAGCGUGAGCCCUCCUUUCCUAAAGCCGACAGUUUCCCUGGCACCCGCCGCACCAAUUCACAGAAAAGCAAGAAUUUUGACAAGAGACCCCCUCAGAGAGGUGGAGGACGACAAUAUGGAGUUACAGGUGGAGGACGACGUGAGGAGGUAGCAGAGACGCGCCGGGCCGAGUUUAGCCCGGCUCAAUUUGCUGGACCGAAAAAAAUAAGCCUGAACCACCUGCUGAACUUCACCUUUGAACCACGUGGAGGCAACGGUGGCUUCGGAGACGGAGGCCACUCCUGUUGGGGCCGCCGAAACAAAUGGGGCCACAAGCACAAGCCCUUUAACAAGGAGCUUUUUCUGCAGGCCAAUUGUCAGUUUGUGGUGACUGAUGACCAGGACUACAAGGCUCACUUCACUGAUCCAGACACUCUGGUCAACUGGGACUGUGUGCAGCAAGUGCGCAUCUAUAGCCAUGAGGUGCCAUCUUGUCCCAUCUGCCUCUACCCUCCUCUGGCAGCGCGCAUCACCCGGUGUGGACACAUCUUCUGCUGGCCGUGCAUGCUGCACUACCUGUCCCUCAGUGACAAGAGCUGGUCCAAGUGCCCCAUCUGCUAUGAGGCUGUGCAUACAGCUGACUUGAAGAGUGUGGUUGCUAUGGAGACCAGGCAGUAUGUGGCUGGUGAUGUAAUCACCAUGCGCCUGAUGCGGAGGGAGAAGGGGGCUCUGGUGGCGAUGCCGAGCUCUCAGUGGGUGAAAGUGGAGGAGCCUGUUCGCUUUGGAGAUGCUUGUUUGAGCCCAUACUCCAAGCUGCUGCUGACCUCCCCGGCGCAGGUCCUGAGCCUGGUGGCGGAGGAGAAAGCCGCCCUGCAGGCUGAGUUUAGCCAGGAAGAGGACGCUCAGGGCUGCUUCAUUCAGAGCGCGCUUUGUCUGCUGCAGGAGCGAGAGGAAAUGUUGCUGAAGCAGCAGAACGUGAGUGCAGAUGGCCUUGAUUUGUCGUCUCUGACUCUGAAAGAGAAGGAACCUCCUUCUCCUGUGGAGGAAGUGGUGACUAACAUCAGCAGUGCCAAGCCUGUAUUGCAGUACGCUUCAGCAUUUGAUGAUGAGGUGGCAGAGCUCACAGAAGAUGCAGCUUCUGAACUGCCAGACUUUCCUGAAUCACAUCUGGAGAGUGUGCUGGAGGAGCCUCCUGUAGCUCCGAUGGACGAAAUCCCAGAGCCUCAGCUUGAUGAGGAGAAACCAGCCAGUCAGGCAGAGUCAGGCCGCCCAUCAACCAGUCUGGUGCACGGCCCCUAUUACUAUUUCUACCAAGCUGACGACUGCCAGCAGAUGUUCCUGCAUCCUGUGAAUGUGCGCUGUCUUUUGCGUGAAUACGGCAGCUUGGAGGCCAGUCCAGACACCAUCACCGCAACAGUGGUGGAGAUAGUGGGACACACAGUCACUGAGGACAUCCGUCGUAGGCAUCGCUAUCUGGCUCAUCUGCCGCUCACAUGCGAGUUCAGCAUCUGUGAGUUGGCUCUACAGCCACCAAUCCUGUCCAAAGAAACUCUGGACACAUUUGCAGACGACUUGGAGAAAAGAAAGCGCCUGAGGCAGAAGAAGGCGAGGGAUGAGAAGCGCAGAGAGAAGCGAAUCGAAAUUGAGGAGAACAAGAAGCAGGGUAAAUAUCCUGAGGUGCAUAUUGGAUUAGAGAACCUUCAGCAUUUCCCAGCAUUCGGCUCUCCGCCUCACAACAGCAGCCCCCCGAUUCAACCUGACUUCACAUUUGCCCCUCCUUCCCCCCUCAGCAGCAGUCCUAUCUCUGAUGGGAUGAAAUUUCCAUGUCUGAAUGUGCCGUCACCCACUGUUGGUAGUCUAGAGGACGAUUCCCAUUGCAUGUCCUUUGCACAGAUGCUAAGAGACGGGAAAGCCAGAGUUGAUGCUGGGCCCAGGAUCACUCCAAAGAAAGAUAAGCUGCUAGCUCCCCCUGCAGCAGACAGCGAUGGUGAGAGCGAUGGGUCGGACCGGGUCCCUGUGCCCAGCUUUCAGAACUCCUUCAGCCAGGCUUUUGAGAAGGCACUUCUACAGCUGGACAAUGGUCCAGCUUCUCCUCCACAACCUGUGGUUGAACCAGAUGAAAAAGGAGGAAAGAAGAAAAAGAAAAAGCAGAAACUUCUGUUCAGCACAUCCAUGGUUCACACAAAGUAGACAACACUGAAGUUCAUUUAAUCCCAUUGUUUCUGGAAUCUUCCCACUGCUUGUGUUUUACUCCCAUGUAGACCUGUCUUGGAACUACAAGCUAUUGAAAUAGGUUUUAGUAUGUAGCCAAAGUUCAUGCUGCUUCAGACUUUGUUCCAUUGGCUUUAUCUACUGUUGGGUGUCUUCCAUCAGUUUAAUUUACAUUCAUUUUUUGGUAUAGAAAAGGUCAAGGCUUUAUAUCAUCCUCCUGCCACACUGAAAGCCUUAUGGGUAAUAUUAAGUUCAGAUGCUAAGUAAAGUGAGGAAUAUAACAUCCUGCUGGUGCUAUUGUGUGCUUCGAGUGUUUCAUGACUUCCAUACCUGAUACCUGACUGAAUCACAGUUUAUGUAUCAUGACCACACAUACAAGGAAAGUGAAACAGUUUCCACUGAGAAUUGCUAUCUAUCUAGGACCCAUGAGUAAUGUGGAGAAGAUAACUUGAGGGUGCUUUAUACUAGAGUAGCAGUCAGCCAGCUGCAGGUACGUUGCACCUUUGAGUCUUCCCAGGAUACUCGACAUGCCCUUCCCUUUAGAACAUACGGAAACAAAUGUGUAGAUUUUUUUUUUUCAGUGUUUAUCACAUAAUUUUAAUUUGGGCCUGGAGAGGAUACAUUUGGGGGGUCUGCAGAUCUCAAAGCUAGUAUUUUGUAACACCAGCCUAACACAUGAUGUUCUAAAACCAAGAAGUGAAAACACAGUAUUGUAUAAAAGAGAUUAGUUCUGGGGUUACAACAGAACUCUUGAUAUAUUCUGCCUGGUUAAAUCACAAAUACGCACUUUCUUCUCCUUACGUUCCCCAUCGAUUUCACCUUCUGUUUACUAAGGUUUAACAUUAACAUACCCAGUUUUAUUUCAGUGUUGAAGAAAUGUGUGAGGUUGCUGACAUUUAACGAAAUGCUUUUGAAACCAUGAAAAGAAGUGGAUUUUUGUUUGGUUUGAGGGUUCUUUUCUUUGAUUCACCUUUAAUUUUCAGCAAGUGUAUGGACUAGUAAGCAUAACUAGUCUGUUGUAAUGAAUAAACAUAUGCACAAUCAA